AUGCUACCAUGUACACAAAAGAUUGCAGAUCUACACUUUCGGCCCAAAGGCAUCAUCUUAUCAGGAGGGCCGUAUUCCGUGUACGAGACCGGCGCACCGCACGUUGAUCCUGCUGCUUUCGAUUUGGGCGUCCCUAUACUUGGGAUAUGUUAUGGUCUCCAAGAGCUGGCAUGGCAUCAUGGGAAGAAUGUCCUAGCAGGCGAAAAGAGAGAAUAUGGCCACGCAUACCUUAAGAUCGAGAGACAUUCAGGAAAGCAAGAGCACAUUGACCGCCUCUUUGAGGGCAUUGAGGAUGAUAUCGAGGUCUGGAUGAGCCAUGGAGACAAGCUAUCUAAACUCCCCGAUGGUUUCCAUCCUAUUGCGACCACAGCCAACUCUCCCUUCGCAGGUAUUGCCAGCACGGACAAGCCGUACUUUGGUAUUCAAUUUCACCCAGAGGUGACACAUACUCCACGAGGUACUCAGAUCUUGAGCAACUUCGCUGUCAAGGUUUGCAACGCACGGCAAGACUGGAGCAUGGAGAAGUUUGUAGACAAGGAGAUUGAACGUAUCCGAGCACUAGUCGGUCCCAAGGGCCAGGUCAUCGGUGCUGUAUCUGGUGGUGUGGACUCUACUGUUGCUGCAAAACUGAUGCAAGAGGCUAUUGGAGAUCGAUUCCAUGCUGUGCUGGUUGAUAACGGUGUGCUGAGGCUCAACGAGGCCCAGACCGUGAAGGAGACACUCACGCAACACCUCGGUAUUAACCUCACGGUGGUGGAUGCAAGCGAUCUAUUUCUAGGCAAGCUCAAGGGUGUUUCGGAUCCCGAGACGAAGCGCAAAAUCAUUGGCAAUACUUUCAUCGAGAUAUUCCAGGACAAGGCGAAAGCAAUCGCAGAGGCUGCCGCAAAUUCUCCGAAGGCCGGCGACAUCGAGUGGCUGCUGCAGGGCACUUUGUACCCGGAUGUGAUCGAAAGCAUAUCAUUCAAGGGACCGUCUGCCACGAUCAAGACGCAUCACAAUGUCGGCGGACUCCUGGAGGGCAUGCACCUCAAGCUUAUAGAGCCUCUGCGGGAAUUGUUCAAGGACGAAGUGAGAGCAUUGGGAACCAAUCUGGGCAUCCCAGAGGAGCUCGUUUGGAGACAUCCUUUCCCAGGUCCCGGUUUGGCGAUCCGUAUCCUUGGAGAAGUCAACGAGGAACAGCUCAAGAUUGCUAGGCAUGCUGACAAGAUCUUCAUUGACGAAAUCACCGCUGCUGGUCUGUACAGGAAGAUCUCCCAGGCUUUUGCCGCACUGCUUCCUGUCAAGGCUGUCGGCGUCAUGGGAGACAAGAGAGUGCAUGCUCAGGUCAUUGCUCUCCGUGCAGUCGAGACGACUGACUUCAUGACUGCUGACUGGUUUCCAUUUGAUGGCGAGUUUCUCAAGAGAGUGAGCAGGAGGAUUGUCAAUGAGGUCGACGGGGUUUGUCGUGUCGUCUAUGACGUUACCAGCAAACCCCCUGGUACAAUUGAAAUGGAAUAG